GUGCAUCAAUUAAUGUAAAUAUUUAUGUUGUUGAAUUUUAAUAUGAUUUAUAUUAUUUCCCAACAUUGAUAACAUAUUGCUCCCAUGUCAAGAAUGUAUUCAGUAGCAAUAGUCUUGCGCUUCUCAUUCUAGAAAUAAUUAAAAAUGAAGCAACUUCUUCUAAUGUGUCUUUUGAUGACCGUGGUUCAUGGAAAGUGCCUGCUUGGGUUUCAAUAUACAUCUCCAUCAAAUAGAACCCUGUUUACGAGUUGCAAAAAUGUGGUGUCCAAAAAUUUGGAGGCGCUGAAGAACAUUCAACCUUUUUCGCGUAUGAAGUUUUUGGAUUUGAUGAACUAUUCCGGGAGUUUUAAGAAUAGCACACUAAGUGCGUUUCCUGAUUUGGAUGUUCUGCAUAUUCAGGAGUCAAGUUUCACCGACUUAACUAAAGAUGUUUUGGGGGAGUGUUGCCGAAAUUUAACCAAAAUAGUGCUGAGGAAUAACAAUGUCAACCUGGAUAAGGAUGUUUUCCAAAGCAGCAAAAAGUUAAAAAGUAUUGUGAUUUAUAAUGAGAAUAUUCCCAAGGUGGAUACAGUUUUCAAAGGCUUAAGUGAGCUGGAUAUUUUGAUAUUAAAUAACAGUAAAGUGGAAGAUAUUGGUGAACACAGCUUUAGUGAUCUGGUGAAUUUGCAACUUCUGGAACUUAACUACAACGAUAUAAAGGAAAUUGAACCAAAAACAUUCGAACCAUUAGGAAACCUAAAAACCCUAACAAUAUUCAAUAAUAUCGACCUAAAUAUAACCAUGGAAGCAUUCAGCAAACUCAAAAAUUUGGAAACCCUUGGACUAAACACAGAAGUUAUAACUAAAUACGACAUAGAAGAUCUCAAAAAAACUCUACCAAAACUGAAAACGAUAGUUUUCAAAAAACAAGACAAAACUUGCAAUAAAGUCUUUCUGGAAAGAGUGAAAUCUAAAAAUAUUGAUGUAAAUUACGUGACUUUCCCUGGAGAGCCUAUUUGUAUAAAUAAAAUUUUGUAAGU